AUGGCCACCCCCGCUGUCACAGGGACCUCAACACCAACGACAAUCCACGGCCCCCUGGGAACAGCCCUUACAUACCUCUGGACGCACCGCUCCCCGGUGAUCAGCUACGGCCUCGACCGCGUCGAGGCGUACGACGCGCACAUCCAGACUCUGCAGAUCGCGCUUUGGCGAGCAGAAGAGAUCCAGUUGAGACAGCAUCUCGUGAGGGAGUGGUAUCAUUUCUCCAAGCGCAGGUUGAAUCUUGGCGCGGAUAGGGGCGCGGGAGAUCACGUGGCGAUGUUGGAGGGGACGGUUGCGGAGCGCGAGGAGGUGCAGGGGGUUGUGGGGGUGGCGAGGGGGCUUUAUGAGGGGGGGAUGAGGGUUUUGCCGCCUAAGUCGGCGGAGGGGGAGCGUGCGGAGGAGGCUGCUGCUGCUGAGGCGCCGCCUGCUGAGCCGGUGAAGAGGGGAAGGGGUACGCCGAAGGGGAGUAAGACGAAGAAGAGGAAGGUUGAUGGGGAGUGGGUUCCGGUGCCGGGGUUGGCUGCGCCGGAGGAAGGGAAGGAGAGAAAAGAGGGUGCAGAGGGAAAAGAUGGAAAGAAGGGAGGAGGUGAACCUCCAAAGCCGAAGAACAGGGGUCGGCCACCGAAGGAGGGAAAGGAGGUGUUCGAGGGGCCUAAACGAGGAGUUGGUCGUCCGCGUAAACAUCCGCUUCCUGAGGGCGAAACGCCGCCGGCAAAGAAGACUAAAAAGACACCUGCUCCUGCUGAGCAAACUCCCGGCUACCCAACGCCUUUAAAUCCCCCAGCAGCUUCUACGCCGCAACAACAACCCCCUCCCAUUGCAAACCACCAACCCCAAACCAUCCCCUCAACGUCCACACCAACACCACCCGCACAAGCACCAGCACCAGCACCACCACCCGCCCCCCUCCCCCUCAUCCACCUCCCAACAAACACCGAACCACCCCCAACCUGGCCACCCCCCGAACUCUCGCACGACUCGCCUCUAAAAAACCCCUACCCCUGGCUCCCAGCUACCGACUUCCACGGACAGCAACCGCAAGCACUGCCUGGCACACCGCCUCGACGACGACAUCCCCGAGAGGACGCCGCAGCUGUGGUUGCUGACAAAGAGGAAUUGGAACGACCUUCGUCUUUGUUGGAGGGUUAUUUCAGGGGGGAGGGGGAGCGGUUUGAGGGGCUUUUUGGAGGGAGGGUGAGGGUGGGGGAGGGUGGGGAGGGGUGGGUUUUGAGGGAGGAGGACGAGGGGGGAUGGAUGCCAGCGCCUGCUCCAGCGCAACCUCCACCACCAACGAUAGCACCAUCAACAGUACCUCCCUCACCACGACCAGCGCAACCGUCCACAGCGACCCGCGGUUCGAUAACCUUCCGUCUAGACAUCUUCUCGACCCCUCCCACUACAGGCUCCGGCGCCGGGUUGCUGUUAGAUGCUCCAUCGCCUCGUACCAUUCCGACGCGAGGGGAAGGAGAAGAGGUGUUUCUAAGCGUGGAGGAGGACUGGCAGGCGAUGGUGUUGGAUUUGGAGAAGGAGUUUGAGGAAUUUGGUUGGUGGUGA